GCGGAACCGUUGCCGGCGGAGCGGUUGCGGCCGCAGCGGUUUGCUGCCCAGUGUCUUGGCCAGUUUGACAUCAUGGCGACCGCCCGCCCCUCUUUGUGCGGCCGCGACCCAGCCCCGGCGCCACCCCGAGGUAUGGGAAAGGAAGCAAAAACAAAAAUGUAGGAGUUACCAAAGACGAGGAGCUUGGGAAGUCUAGUCCUCAGGGUAACCCGGACCCUCCGUGGAGGGAACUAGAACAGGGAGCAUGGACCCCGGGAAACUGAGGCACAGAGAGAGUCCUGGCAGGAGGGCUAGAGCUCUGAUACAUGCGUCCUCUGUACCGGCGACCCAACACGAAACAGAGGCUGGUGUUCUCCGGGGAAACUGAGGCUGAGGGUUAGCGCUGUGGCACAAGCGCGGCUCGGAGUCUUGACACCGGCAUUCUGAGGCAAAGAUGCCCCAUGCUCUGCCCCGGGGGUCGGAGUGGGAGAGCAUGGGGAGGAAUGCUGGGGGUCAUGGGUCGCUUUGGGCUUUUCCGGCAAAACUCUCACUGAACAGGAGGGGAAAUACAAACCAUUUUGUCGCCGCUGCUCACUUGGGUCCGUUCUCUUGGACCGGUUCGAAAUGACACUUGCCUCUUCCUGGUGCCUAGCCCCCAUCGAUGUGAGUCUCGUGGUGGUAGUCCAUGGUGGUGGAGCAAGCAACAUCUCACCCGGCCGGAAAGAACUGGUGAGCGAGGGCAUUGCCAAAGCUGCAACUGAGGGCUAUAACAUCCUCAAGGCUGGAGGGAGCGCAGUAGAUGCUGUGGAAGGAGCCGUGACUAUGCUGGAAAAUGACCCGGAGUUCAACGCAGGUUGUGGGUCUGUCCUGAAUGCAGAUGGUGAUGUUGAGAUGGAUGCUAGUAUCAUGGAUGGGAAGGACCUAUCUGCAGGAGCAGUGUCUGCCGUGCGCUGUAUCGCAAAUCCUGUUAAACUUGCACGGCUUGUUAUGGAAAAGACUCCUCAUUGCUUUCUGACGGGCCGUGGUGCAGAGAAAUUUGCAGCAGACAUGGGGAUUCCAAAGACUCCUGCCGAAAAACUGAUAACGGAGAGAACCAAGAAGCACCUGGAGAAAGAGAAGCUUGAGAAGGGGGCGCAGAAAGCUGACUGCCCUAAAAACUCAGGAACUGUGGGUGCUGUUGCCUUGGACUGCAAAGGGAACUUGGCUUAUGCAACCUCUACUGGGGGGAUUGUCAAUAAAAUGGUUGGCCGAGUUGGAGACUCACCUUGCAUAGGAGCUGGAGGUUACGCAGAUAAUAACCUUGGAGCCGUUUCAACCACAGGACAUGGGGAAAGUAUUCUGAAGGUGAAUCUGGCCAGACUCGCUCUCUUCCAUGUAGAGCAAGGAAAGACCGUAGAUGAGGCUGCUACGUUGGCACUGGAUUAUAUGAAGUCAAAGCUCAAAGGCCUAGGUGGCCUCAUCUUGAUCAACAAGACGGGAGACUGGGUGGCAAAGUGGACCUCUGCCUCCAUGCCCUGGGCAGCGGUGAAGAACGGCAAGCUGCAGGCCGGCAUUGACCUUUGCGAAACCAAGACAAGGAACCUGCCCCCUUGCUAGCCUGGAUGUGAAGUCAAGCUGCCUGCUGUGGAGACCUAACUUAAUCAAUUAGAUGUAGACAUGGAAAACUUGUGCAGUCUGUCCCUCCUUUUGUUGCCUUGAUCAGUAAGUCAAUGAAUGCUUGGUUGAGGGUCGGGUUCUGAAGGGAUGAGAGGUGACUGCCUGUAUCAAGAGCAGGGAAAAUGGAAGCCUUAAGGAAUCUUUCUUUCCCAGUCACCGUCAUGUAAGGCCAGAAAGGAGCUGUUAGAUAUGGACCCCACAGAACUGCCUCUGAGCUACGAGUGUCAUCUGGAUUGGGAGGAUGGCAAUUUGCAGAGGCUAGGCUCAGGGAGUGCAGGAAGAAGGGCUGGGGAAAAAAAUAAGGUGUAAGAAAGACCAAGUCCAGGUGAAGCUCAAAUGCUAGAGAUUAUUCUUAGUCACGAGGACACCGGGCAAGAUGGUCGAGAAGGUGCUCUUUGUCUGUGGAUCUUUCCAAAAAGCUCAGAUUUCUCCAACACGUAUCUGGGCACUUGCAGAGUCUCCCUUGCUGCCCAAGCUGUAGACUAUUGGAGUUUGGUUUUUUUUUGUUUUGUUUUUUUUUUUUUUUUUUUUUUUUUUUUUUUUUCGGAGCUGGGGACCAAACCUAGGGCCUUGGCGCUUGCUAGGCAAGCACUCUACCACUGAGCUAAAUCCCCAACCCGCUGGAGUUUCUUAAUGUCUGGAAUUUUUCUUGGCUCCCAAAAGCCAGCCCCAGCCCUGGUUGUCCUCACUGGGCCUUGAUAGGGCACAUGACAUUCCUAGCCUUUCCAACAGUGGGGUGGCAGAUGGCUGGAGCGGUAACACUGUGUGUCACUAAGAAGUAGCUGCUAGUGCUUUGGGACAGUCCCAAGCACGCUGAAUCAAAUGUCCAGGGUGGUGAGCAUGACGCAGAAAGCAGUCUCCUCAGUGGGGAGCACUCUGCACCUGUCAGCACCCUGGGAACGGUAUGUCUGCCGCGGUGUGUCUGCUCAGCUUUUCAGUCUAGCAGAGAUUCCCUGGGAAGAAACUGAUUAACUUUAACGUGCCACUAAUAAAAUUAUUUUUAAAAGAAAA